UAAAACUUUCCCUUUCCCUCUUUUCCCUCUCUUCCCCGAAUCUCUCUCUCUCUCUCUCACUACUGUGUUGCUUCAACCAGGCCCGAACGGUCAUCGUCCCAUCGCCAGAGCCGUACAUGCGCCAGCCAAGUCGAACCACUGGCCCUCGAAACGUUGACCCCCGCGAGCUCACCAUGGUACGCGCCGCCCAGGGCUGUCAACCAACAGUCCGAAGCCGUCCGCCUCCUACACUUUCUGGCAAGAUUCCGACUACCUCGGGCCUCCCCAAGCCUAACCAGCAUCACCACCAUACUCCUCGUGGUCUAAGCUCCAAAACCCACCCAAGGAUCGGCCUCACUAGUGGUCGAAAAAAUAAAGGGUAUUAGUCGGAAUCCAUGGAGGUCCGAAUCUUGUAGUGGAACCACCGCCGUUGUCACCAUUAGGCAGGUAAACAAAGCUUCAAAUUUCAAACUAGAUGUGUGUAAGUAUAUAUAUAUGUGUGUGUGUGUGCAUGCAGGAUUUUUGCAGACUUCCAGAAAUGUUUUCAUCCUGAUUCUCUAAUCUAUAUACCAAUUCCAACAUUGUCCAACCAUCAUAACAUUUGGAGAGAUGCCCAUGGUCCUUAGAGGACUUUCCAUUACUAUCACCCAGAAUCUAAGGGGUUAGAUUUUGCUGGACUGAUGGAUGACAUUAAGGUAAGUUAAUGUACCUUCUCAAAAAUAAUUAUUAAGCUUUAUACACAAAUUUCAAUCAGCCAAAUUUGUUUACUCUAAUCUAAUGCACAACCUGCCAAACCUACUUUUAAUGUCUAUAGUCAUAACUGAAAAAACGAAUUGCACUACAUCACAAUCACAAAUAUUUUAGGCGUGGUUUGAUUUUGUUUCUCUACACCAGCACAAAUUAGCAGAUACUUCUUUUAACUAUGGACGGUAGAAGUAUCAUCUAUAUAUAUAUAUAUAUAUUAAAUAUAUGUAUGUAGGAAGCUAGUAUAUUUUGGUGUAUGAUUACUCAUCAUAAUUAAAGUAUCCAAUUAUUAUUGGUUAAUAUUCCUUUUUGGUGAAUGAUGUAUCUAUCUAUCUAUCUAUCUGGUUCUUGUAUAUAGAAAAUAAAUGAUAUAGAAAAAGUAACAAGGUAGUCAGAUCAGAUCGUUGUCGUUGGAGAAAUAAAGGCGCACAUUGAUGAGGGGAGAGCACAUAUAUCAUAUCUGUCCCUGAUGUUACCUACCAUCGUCUCACUCCCAAAGACCAAUUCAUGGUUCUCUCCACUGAUGGGGUAAUUAAGAACUAAGAACUUAUAUUGAUAUUCUUAGAUAUGUUGGAUUUUAUAAACUGUUUCUGAUUGGUGUGUAAAUGAUGAAUAGGUUUGGGAUGUGUUGAUGAAUGGUCUGUGAUUUGCCUCUUCUUUCAGAAUUAACAUUAUCCUAGAUUGUAGACUUGAGAUGUUUUUGUUGCACCGUUAUUUGUUUCAAUCAAAAUAAUGGGCAUGCUUGCCUCUGUCUAUGCUUUGCUUUCUCUUUUGUUUCAACCAAUGGUUAGAAACUUGUCUUUGUUUAUUAACAGGAAAUAUUAAUAAAAGUUCUUCCUUAUAAACCUUUAUAGGGAACCAGCGGCCCCACACAUUACCAUGUCUUGUUUGAUGAGAACAAGUUCAAUGCUGAUGCCUUGCAAGUUCUCACGAACAAUCUCUGCUACACGAAAAUACUAUUCAUUUUCAUUUUUUGUUCUCCAAUUUCAACAUUCUAUUGUGAACUAUUUUUGUUGUUCCUGUUCUUGACCUGAAUUUGGUUUUUCAGGUAUGCGUUGUGUUGCACUAUCCUAAGCGCUACGAUGAAUCGCUUUGACUAUAGGGGAGGUGACAACCACACGAAUUCCGAUACGUCCAUCCCGCAGUCGAUCGAGACCCCGCAAAGCAGCGACUCCUCAUCAAAGUCUCCCACCAGUCGCACUCCUGAGGAUCGCCUCCGCCGCUUUAAGCAGAUCCUUCACCGUUCAGCAUUGUACUUUCUUCACGAAGAGCAGUUUCUUCAUCAAGUUGAACAAUCGACAAUGAGGGUGAAGAAGUCCAAUAGACUCCCCCAGGACCAGGAUCCUCAAGUUGCUCGCAGAGCGGUGCAAAAAGUGGUGGAACGCAGUGAGGUCCACACUGCAGCUUCUUCGAGACCACCCCGCCAGGUGCCAAAAUCAAGUAAGACUCGGAGACAAACCUCCCAGAAUUUCGCUACCGAGGUCCAGCACCUGGCCGUCCAAAAACCAAGGAAGGAAGGAGAAGAAACACCUUCCUGGUUUACCGCCAAGCCUACAAAACUCAACCCCGGGAUGUUCGACAAACACAUCCAAGCCUUGGGUUUGAGAGGGGUGAAUGUGAUAUUUCCGCACCCUCACCAGAGAGCCAACAGGCCCAGCAGACCAUACUGUGCCUGGUCCAGGCACCAUAUCUUCGCAGGAGCGACCAUCCCGCUACACCCUUUCUUCCGGUCAGUAGUGGAUUACUUCAACGUCUCUCCCUUCCAGAUCGCUCCGAAUGGGAUUCAGGCGUUGUCUGCGCUGUACAUUCUCUACUAUGUGCAAGGCUGGGAUGAGCCCACUCCUCACGAGAUACAUUACUUGUUCGACUUCAGGACCAACCCAAGCCAUAAGAACACAGGUUUUUUCCACCUCUUUCACAGGCAAAAGGGGGUUAAAUACCUUUGUGGCAUCGCUCACAAGUCGAACCCUGGGAAAUACUAUACAGAGUAUUUUCUCACAUCAGACAUCAAAGCCAACAACUUGGUUUUUACACAUGCGGGUCCAUUCGAUCAACCCUUGCCCACUCAAGAGAUGUUCAAGCGAGCAGAGGAGUUGGCUAACAUGUGUAUCGAGGAGAAGGACGUGAAAAAUUUGGUUACUGUGGACAACCUUCAGAUGGUGGGCCUACUACCAUGUAACCAAAACAUCACAGUGGAGAGUACCAUUGAGGAGAAUAACGCGACUGAUCAGUCCAACGCCGACACUGAGGUGGUGACUGACCAGUUUUCUCCUGGACCAUCUCCUCACUCCUGUAGACCAGGCGAUCUCGUCAUUAGGGAGCCUCAGCCAGAGUAUCAGUGCCGAUCUGCUAUUCCUGCCCAGUCCGAGAAGGGAAAGGCCAUCCAGCCUGAGAGGGACCUGAGCUCAUCAUCCGACGACGAGGACGACUUCCUCGAUCAGAUCCUCAACUCAAGUCUAGUAGUCAUAAUCCAGAGAUGUUUAGGCAUUACAACGCCCCUCCUGCCCCGAAGAGGAAGUUUGGAGAAGGAAGUGUCUCCACUCCCCCGAGCAAGGUCCCGAGGACAGUACCGCCUAGCCAAGGGAGACAACCCGAGGAGUUAGUUAAAAUCCCGCAGUUGACCCUUUCCUCGCUUCCUCCUUCAGCGAGCCUAACCCCCACUCGUCCGACCGGCCCGAGCGAGGCACUACGCAUUGCUAGUACCAUUGUGAGGGGAGCAGCUGAUCAGACUCUCCACGACGCUUCAACGAUUCAAAGCUUUGAAUCCUUCCCUCGACUUAAUGUUGAUGUUGUCUUACAGAGAGGGAUUGCUCAGUUGGUGAAUACGCUCAUGACCAUCAGUCAUGCUCAGCACCGAGCAGUAGACUACAAGGAGUUGAUCAAGGUCUUAAAUGAUCAACUAGUGGAGGCUUAAGCUAAGGUGGAUGCUCUUCAAUCCAAGUUGGAGCGGUCAGAGAAGACUGUGGUUGAGCGAGAGGAGUCUCUUAAGGGGUUGGCUGAUGGGAAUGACAAACUAACCCAAGCCAACAAGUCACUGACUGAUCGGCUAGACAAACUGACUUGUGAGAACGAGGGGUUAGCUCGCGAGAACGAGGGACUAAUUCGCGAGAAUGAGGAGCUGAAGCAGGAGAAGGAAGCUGAUCUGACUCGCUACGAGGAGAUCUGCUUCAACUGUUUUUAUCAGGUGUGGAAGCUAAACAAGCCUCUCAACCUCGACUUUCUCACCGAAGAGAUUAAGGCAGAGGAGCUUGCUAAAUGUGAGGCCAGGGCUGCUGAGGAAGCUACUAAUCCUGCCGGUGCCACAUCUACUUCUCCCACGCUGUCAUUCCGACUGGAAGGAGCAGCUGAAGCUAAAGAAGGGGUUGACCAGCCUGCCAGAGCCAACCAGUGACCCCUCAUCUGACCAGAGAAGCCUUUGCCUAACCAGACAAGUUGUUAUCCUACCAGCCCUCUAUCAUACUUUGUUUUGUGUUUUGUAAUACACUGUUGCUCGUAUGAUCGAGCUGUUUGGCAUUUGUACUUUACUUUUCUUUUUUUUGCUAACUUGAAACAUUAAGUCUUUUUAUACUUAAAACAUUACAAGUUUAUUGUGAAUAGCAAAGUCACCCUGAUAUAU